AUGACAUACAUAUCGUCUCUGUGGUUUCUUACUGCCGUGGCUGUCGUCACCUUUACCAUCGUUGGUCGCAUCCGUAGCUCUUGGCGCAAGCUCCCACCUGGACCUAGAGGUCUUCCUCUCAUUGGCAAUAUUCUCCAGCUUCGUGGGAAACAAUGGCUCACAUUCACCGAGCUCGGAAAGAAAUACGGCGACCUCAUGUACUUCAGUAUAGCCGGACAACCUCUCGUGGUCAUCAACUCCCUCAAAGUUGCAACAGAUCUCUUCGAUCGUGCAAAAUUUUCCGAUCGCCCUCGCAACAUCGUCGCCUCAGAUAUAAUGACUGGAGGAAUGUUCGUCGCGUUCGCUCACUACGGAAAUGCAUGGCGGCAUAUGCGCAAAGCAGCUCAUGAGGGCCUCAACAAAGCGAUCGUCAACCAAUACCAUCCAAUACAGAUCACAGAAGCCGUUCUCCUCACAGCUGACUUGUUGGCGGAACCCGGACGCUGGGUGUCGCACGUUCGCCGCACCGCCGCAUCUUCUAUCAUGUCCAUUGUAUACAAUAGGCCUCCAACUUCGGAACAAGACCCAUCGAUCAAAAAGAUCAAUGACUUUACCACACGGUUAACUCGUGCUGCUAUGCCUGGUGCUCACCUUGUGGAGUCUUUCCCCUGGAUGCUGCGUAUCCCUAGCAAAUACGCAAAAUGGAAAAGAGAUGCAGAGGGCUGGUACGCCAAGGAUUCGUCCAUGUUCGAAAGCCUCUUCAACAGCGCCAAAGGUGAGGAAAGCCCCAGCUUCGCGGCUACUCUGGCUCAAGCUGCCGGAAGACAUGGGCUGACUGAACACGAAAAUUCUUGGCUAGCGGGGACCAUGUACGCAGCUGGUGCUGAGUCGAGCUCAGCGGCCAUGUCCUGGUGGAUGCUCGCCAUGGUCUUGUACCCCGAUGUGCAGAAACGGGCCCAAGCAGAGCUCGAUAUGGUCGUCGGUCGUGAUCGACUCCCCACAUUCGCCGACUACGAGUAUUUACCCUAUGUCCGUGCAAUGGUCAAGGAAACUCUCAGAUGGCGUGCAGUGUUUCCAGGGCUUCCUCGUCGAUCGACAGAGGAUGAUGUAUAUAACGGAUACUUCAUCCCCGCCGGUAGUAUUCUCAUUGCCAACGUCUGGCAUAUCAACAGAAAUCCAGAGAACUAUGGACUUGACGCCGAACACUUCAAUCCUUCCCGGCACCUCGAUGAGACAGGUCAACUGGCUUCGGGACUCUCAGGCACUAAGGAAGAAAACCAUGUCUCCUUCGGUUUCGGACGGCGCAUCUGCGUUGGACGACAUAUCGCUAACGAUACGUUGUUUGCUGUCAUAGCCACAUUGCUUUGGGCUUUGGACAUUGAACGCGCCACGGACGAGAAAGGUGCUCCUCUUCCUUUGGAUGCUGACGGAUGUAUCGAAGAUGGAGUGGUCAUUCGCCCGUUGCCUUUCGAGGUCAAGAUAUCUCCAAGAUUUUCAGAAGCGCAGGCCAUCGUGGAACGCGGGCGGGAGCUUCUUGGCCACUACUAGGAAGAGGAGAUUCAGUAGUUUCUUUGUCUUUGCAAUAUGCGUGCACUUCACCGUAAAGAACGCAAGAUGUCAAAGUCGUAAAUUCCAUAGGUUGUUUCUUCAUAUUCGCAUGUAAUGAGAAUAUUCGCCAAGGACAUGGAUUUGGUAACCAUGGAAGGCCUACGUUAGAUUAUGCUUGGGCGCUGUCUGGAAGCAUUCUACUCUUAGCCAACCAGGACGUAUCCGUACGAUUGGGGAGAUUUUGUGAUACAACGAGGGCUAACUUAUCGAAAUUCGAUACC